CACUCUGUCUUCGAACCUCUAACCUACUGUUCAAUAUCCGAACCAAAAAGGCUCGGUUUUUGCUUCGGUCAACGCUAUUCCCAACCAAACCACCCUCAUUCCUUCGUUUAGUCUCCCCGAACCACAGGUUCGGAAACCGAGGCACAAAUAUACCAACAUCAAUACAUAUAUCGAUUUUCCCGCUCAUACACACUCUCUGUCCGCUUUCACUCUGUCGAUUGAAAAGGAAAGAGAAAUCAGAAAUGUAUGAAUGAAUUAAUCAAUUUAAUACUCUCAAACUGAAAUUGAAUUGAACUCUUCUGCUUCCUUCAUCGUGUUCUCUAUCGAAUGUUUCUUCUUUCAUUUCUGAGAUUCUAAUUAUGGCUAGGAGCUGCUGGUUUUUUAACAAAGGGGCAUUUGCAAAGAAAUUGAAAAGCACUACACUCUCUUUAGCUGAUCAGAUCAAGGAUUGCGGUGCAUAUUGCGAAUGUCCAAACUGUCAUUAUCGUAUAGACAACAGCGAUGUUUCGUGGCCUGGCCUUCCUCUUGGUACAAAGUUUGAUCCUUCUGAUAUAGAACUAUUGGAACAUUUAGCAGCUAAAUGUGGUGUUGGGAAUAGAGAGCCUCACCUGUUUAUUGAAGAGUUCAUCCCAACAUUGGAAGGAGACCAAGGCAUUUGCUAUGCACAUCCUGAAAAUCUUCCAGGUGCUAAGAAAGAUGGGAGUAGUGUUCAUUUCUUUCACAGAACAAUGAAUGCAUAUAGUAUUGGUCAACGAAAGCGUCGAAAGAUUCAUCAUCAAGGUUUGACUGAACCCCAUGUACGCUGGCAUAAGACUGGUAAAACCAAAGCUAUAAUAGAAAAUGGAGUACAUAUGGGCUUUAAAAAGAUCAUGGUUCUAUAUAUAAGAUCUGGGAAUGAAUCCAAGUCCUACAAAUCCGACUGGAAAAUGCAUCAGUACCAUCUAGGGACUGAUGAAGAUGAGAAGAAUGGAGAAUAUGUGGUUUCAAAAAUAUUUUAUAAACAGGUUGAGAAAAUCGAGGAGAAACCAAUGGCUGAAGAACAUGAUGACAGUAUAACAUUGCGAACAAAUCCAACGACUCCAAAACCAAAUCCUCCAAAUCCACCACGCACAGGAAAAUGUGUUGAAAAUGAUGAUAACAUUGAUGAAACUGCACAUUUGUCAUUUGUAGAGGAUGCCAAGUCGAUCACUGUAGAAUCACGUGCCCCUCAAUCUGAUAUUCAGGAUCACGGCAAUGCAGAAAACUCAGCAUGGUUGGCUGGUGUAUCACAGGCUUUGGAAAAAUCCUUAUAUGAUGACUUAGAUGACAUAUUAUUGUGCAAGGAGAUUUUAGAUUCAUCUACUCUAUUUGAUGAUUUUGGAUUGGACUCAAUCACUACCAAUGGCCUUGCAUAUUAUGAAAACAAAAUGACGGGAAACGGUAAUGUAACUAGUGGAACAUCAACUUCUGUCCUGGAUACAUUGGAAUUGAGUAAUCCUCCAGAAAACUUGGCAUGCUUGGCUGGUGAAUCACAGGCUUUGGAAAAUUCUGAAUAUAAAGGCUUGGAUGACUUAUUAUUGUGCAAGGAGAUUUUAGAUUGGUCUGCUCUACUUGAUGAUACUGGAUUGGACUCGAUCACUACCAAGGACAUUCCAUACUAUGAUAACAGAAUGACGGGAAACAAUAAUAUAACUAGUGGAACAACAUCAACUUCUGUUCUGGAUACACUGGAAUUGGGUACUCCUCCAGAUUUUGAUCUUUCGAAUUUGACAUUUGGUUCUCAAGACAGCAUCCUUGACUGGGUGGACCGGUUAUGAGGUGUUUUUUGACGCCAGUUCUGUUUUGUACCGAUGUUGUUAAAUCAUCUACCUAGUGCCUGAGUUUUCGCUUUCUUCACGAAGGUGGUAUUUGUGUUAAAUUAGUUUUGGCGGUGUAUUUGGUUCCUCUAUGGCCAAUAUAAACUUUAGUUUUGAAUCAUUUUGUUAAAGCCAUGAAAUUGGUGAAUGGAUAUUUGGUGCUGAAAUCCAAAAUGGUGUAUUUGAUUCUUAGCUAUAUGUACGAUAUGUGAAUUGCAUGAAUGAAUGUAGUAUUUUGUAGAGGGUACCCUUUAUUGUUGGGGGUGUGCCAUCUCUCAAAUAUUGCUUUUAAGUAACUUCUUUUUUUUUUGAUAUAUAAGUAACUUUCUUUAGCCAA